GUACCAGAAGCAAGAUGGCUGUUACUCAGCCACCAACUGACUUGACAUUUACGCUCCUGUUUAAAGCUAAUUACUUUUUAUAAACUAGACUGAAAAACAGAAGAAAACCUCAGAUUCCCCACAUUUUUACAUACUAAGCCCAAACAUGUAUAAAAGAGUGACUUUUAUUGUUUUUGUUGUUGUAAGUCCUACUUAUAUUUAAAGGAGAGAUACUUUUGCAGAAAAAAAAAUGUUGCAAAAGGGCAUUUUCUCUAGUCAUAAGGUAUAAAAAGUUAUUUGAGUUUCUAAAGAACUUCCUGGGAGAGAACUGGAAGAGGGAAAAUUAGUUCCAUCUGUUCAUUUGUAUGACAGUUCCCUUGCUGGACAUCCUGAAAAGCUAUAAGUUGUACAGCUUAGCAAGAAACAAACCUCUCCAAAUAUUUGCAGCUAGAAAGCUAGGAAAUAUUUAUUGUUGAAAUAUGCUGAAAUUUUGGUUUUGGAAGGGUUUUCCUUGAAACUGUGUGAAUAAUUCAGUCAACGUAUAGAAAAAUAUUGAAGUAGUUUUUCAGAAACAGUACAUAGAAUUUUAAAUAUCUUUUAACUUUAAGGUUUCCUACAUGGCUCAGUGCAACUGGUAGCAAUUAACUUAUCAGAAUUAAAUCUGCUAAAAAGUUUCUAAAAACAGGCUAUUAAUAGCUAAAGUAAAUGUGAGAUUGUGUCAGGAAGAGAGGUCUUCUAAGUCCAUUUAAUUGUUAUGCCUUAUUUGUUGAAUCUACUCCAUGUUUCCACGUGACUUCCCUGACCACACAUCAUAAAGCCCUGUUAAGCUGUUAAGUCUCUCUUCAGCAAAAACAGUUAAGUAGUUCUUAUCUUUGUCUCCACGGCUUGUAUAGUUUAGCUUUAAGUGCCAUGGAGAAAGCAAUAGGGAAGCGUGCAGUGUAUAUAUGCAGCUGCUUUUGUUUUCUGAUUUUAAUUGUUCCAGAUACAUAGAUAAUCUUUAAUAGAAGAUAUGAAUAUGAGAGCCUGAUAAAGGACCGAAGUUUUCCUCUUGCCACUCUGAUGAUAUCAGAUGAUGGUAUCAUCAGACUUUUGGUAUCCAUUUAAUCUCUUAGGGAAAAAGUUUCUCCUGUAUCCACCUCACAAAUUAAUAUAGUCUUUUCCUAUGCUACUGUUGUUGGUACUAAUACUGAUAAAUCUGGUGUGAUAAUACAUUAUUUGCUAUAUACUCUUAAAAUCCUGCUAUCUGGCAGAAUCUCAGUUUCCUUGUGGCUAUUUGCCCUGGAGAACCCAAGUGCUUCACUUGGGAAUACUUUGGGGAAAUACUCAUAGUCGUCUGUUCCCAACCUUGCUCUGGUUUGCGAAGCAGGCCUAAUUUCUGCCAGGCUGGGCAGCAGGAAGGGGGCUGCAGUAGGGCAGGCUUCAGCUCCUUCUGGCAGAGGUGUGUGGGGCUUGCAUCAUGUGAGCAGUGUGCAAGAACGGCGAUGCUGAAUGAGAUGACUCAUAGACUGAGCUUCAUCUGCAUUGUGCCCUGGCCCCUUGUGUGAAGGCAACAAUUGUUUUUUAGUGCUUUGAGAAUAUUGCUGCUUUAAAAAUGGCUCUAGAGCUCAACAGCAUUAUUGAUGUAUAGAUGCUAGUUGUAUUUUCCAUGACUGAAAAUGUGUUGCGCAAAGUAUUAGAUACAGCGUGGUAGCCAAAUUCUAUUUCAAAGUGAAAUGUACAGCUUUAAUGACAGUUCUGCAAAGGCCAAUUAUUUGUGUAUUCUUUCCAUCCUUUAUACAGGCAACACUUAAUGAAGUAUACACAUUACUAAUGUCCAUCUUGCAGAGAAAUGAACUGUGAGAAAAUUCAAGCAAACAUGUUCCAACUGUUCAUACAAAGGAUUGCAUAAGUCACACAUUGUGUUUCCACAAAACUUUCCCCACAAUUUGCUGCUGCUCAGCAUGUACUUCGCUUAGUUUCCUCCAAUUAAAAUUUGCAAACAGAAAGGCUUUCCAGUGCUAACAGACUCAUGUGCUUUCCCGGAGAUUUGGAGCCACGUGUUCCAGGAAUGGCUGGGUGCACCACGCUGAUACAAUAUAAAGGCAACGUCAAUCACCUUCUCUCACUUUUUAAUAGCUCCCUUCCAUGGUUCUCAUUCUCCAUCACUGAAACUUAAGAUUAAAGGAACUUUACUAUAUUUCAAGUACAGUUUAAUCCAUUAAGAUGGAUCUCCUUCAUAGCAAUGGCGUGCUUAUCAUUCAGCAUUUACAGAGGGACUACAGGGCUUACCAGGAUUUCCUUAAUUUUAUGUCACAUGUUGGAGAUCCCCGGAAUAUAUUCUCAAUUUAUUUUCCUCUUUGGUUUCAGCUCAACCAAGUGGUUGGUACUAAAAUGAUAUGGGUGGCAGUCAUUGGUGAUUGGUUCAACCUCAUAUUUAAAUGGAUUUUAUUUGGCCAUCGCCCAUACUGGUGGGUGCAAGAAACAAUGAUUUAUCCCAAUCAAUCAAGCCCGUGCCUUGAACAGUUUCCUAUAACAUGUGAAACUGGACCAGGAAGCCCAUCUGGACAUGCCAUGGGAUCUUCCUGUGUCUGGUAUGUAAUGGUCACAGCAGCACUUAGCUACACAGUGAGAUGGAAAGAUAAAUCAGCAGUUACCCUUCACAGACUGACGUGGUCAUUCCUCUGGAGUGUUUUUUGGAUUAUCCAGAUCAGUGUGUGCAUCUCAAGAGUAUUCAUAGCAACACAUUUCCCUCAUCAAGUUAUUCUUGGAGUAUUUGCUGGCAUUCUUGUGGCACAAGCAUUUGAGCAUACCCCUGCUAUUCAGACAGCAAGCCUGAGAAUGUACAUGAAGACAAACUUGUUUCUUUUCAUCUUUGCCCUUGGCUUUUAUCUAGUCCUCAAGCUUCUUGAUAUUGACUUGCUAUGGUCUGUUCCAAAGGCCAAGAAGUGGUGUGCCAACCCAGACUGGAUAAACAUUGACACAACUCCAUUUGCUGGACUGAGCAGCAAAUGAAGAAAGUUGUCAAUAAUGACAUUAUCCCAGCAGAUCACCUCAAGAAUGUUGUUCAUGCUCCUGUACUGCAAAGGUAAAUUAGUCUAAUUCUCUCAUUUCAAGAGUCACAAGCCUGAAUCACCACUCAUAGUUGUGUAAAUCAUGAAAAUGUGAUUGCUGACUAGGUGAUUGCAAGUUUAUAUGCUUGUCGGCAUGGUUUACCUAAGCACACAAGUAACUAAUACGUUAAAUAUAUGUUUGCUAUAUAAAAUGAUGCUCUAAACAGGCAGAGGCAGUUAUUUUCCCUUUUUAUUCGUUAUUUAGCACCUACUGUUGCAUGUUCCCUUUCAGCGCACAGUCAUUAAGCAACGUUUUGCUGAUACCAUCUCAUAAUACUUAGUAUACAAGCAGCAUAAAGCUAUAAUAUGGGUAAUGAGGGCUCUGUGUGUGAUCUGAUAGCAAUAAGGCUUAGAAGAUGUAAACAUGAUACCACUUCUAGACUUCCAAUUAGUUGUAGGAUAAUUGAAAUGGAAAGAAUCUUACUGAUUUGGGAAAGCCAGGUGAACAGUUUGCACUGGCCCUUGGGAAUGAAUGUGAUACAAAUUGCAGAAACAAAUCUGAAACAGCCGUCCUUAUUUAAGAGCCUACUAAGACUACCUUGACUUAAAAAAAUUAUUAAUCUGUUAAAAUUAUUUUAGCAGUCUGAGGAGUGUUCUGCUUUAUGCAUCUCCUGCUACCUUCUGUAAUGAUUCUCUGAACUCUUUUUCCUGCAGCAGCUGGCCUGAAACCAGUCUUUUCAAUAAGUGUGACUCCUUAAGCAAAAUGACUAAGCUAAUGGGACUAGAAAAAAAUAAUGAAGAACAAAGACAGCUAUGACAAAGAUUUCUCCCGAGUUCAAGAUGCUCUGUGGUUUGUUAUUCCCUACCCAUGAGGUGACCUACAGCGGCAUCACAAAACGCUAGAAGGUUGGUCUAGCUGUCCUUCUGUUCCUCACUCCUUCUGGCCAACAGCAGGGGGUUCUUUGUGUGCAGCUGUCUGUGGCUCUUGUGGCAGUGUUUGGGCCUCCUGCCCAGCUGGCUAUUUUAAGCUGGGAGUUGUGGGCAGACGUCAUGUUUCUAAGCUCCUACCACAUGAGGGCCUGUGCUUCCCGGUACUGGCAAAGAAUCUUGGUGCCUGUGUUGGGAUAGACACAACCAUUAAUGUAGAAUGACAACUGGCACAUGUUCUUCUAAGUACCCUACAGACACGUAAGAAGACAUAGGCUCUCACUCGCUUUCUUGGAGUGUCCUAUUAAUUCAGCCUGCAAUGUCAGUGCUUCAGGGAAAGGGACAAAGACCAGCUUCUUGUCUGACCCCCCCCCCCUUUUAUUCUUUUUGCAACUAUUAAAACAUUACUGAAGCCCAGAAUGGUGGGAAAACUGAAUAAAUUAAGUUAUUUUAAUUUUACCAAUAACUUCAGAAAUUAACCUGUUGAAAAAGCAAUGGCAGUAGACUAAGACACUUUCUGAGCAGCUAAGUGUGUUGGGCUCUAGAGUUUUGUGCAACGACGGCCUGAAGAAUCUCCAGAGAGGGCUCCUGAAACUUCAAACGGAGUUAGCCUUUUCCAGAGUGGUAGAAUAAAGAAGUGUCAAGAUAUAAUCUUGAUAUUUUGGUAGAAUGAGAAUUGUAACUCAAGAGCCAGCCAUCUAGUCGGUACAGUGAAAUAGGCCUACGUGUUCCUUAGCCAGGCUUUUCUGAAUUUGUCACAGCUGAAAGUUACACUUCAAGCCUUAUUAAAUAAGGUUGUGUGGCACCUUAACUAAGCGCUAUCAAAUUGUUAAACAUUUAAACUAACUUCAUCAGGGUUUUGCAUCUGUUUAUACUGGUAAUACUUGGAACAGCUACAGAGCAUAUACACUUAAAUGAUGAUGGCCUGAGCUACUCAAAAGGGGGCCUUGUGGCCCAAACCAGGUUGGCUUAAGCUUUUUCCUAUGUAGUAAGGAGGGUGGAAAGUGCUUGACUGAUCCCCUUGAUCCCACUAAUGGGAUCAUGGGAGAAAGUUAAUCUUUUAUUCUUGACUUAGAGAUGCCCAAUUUGGGAUAAUAUGAUUCCAAAAGUCCUUCCAUUCUCACUAGGCAGGAGUUAGAUGAAGUAUAUCAUGUUUUUUGGCUGGGAUAGAGUUAAUUUUCUUCCCAGUAGCUGGUACAGUGCCAUGUUUUGGAUUUAGUAUGAGAAUGAUGUUGAUGACACACUGAUGUUUUAGCUGUUGCUGAGCAGUGCUUACACUAGUCAAGGACUUUUUUGCAGCUUCCCAUGCCCUGCCAGGUGCACAAGAAGCCGGGACGGGAGGGGGCACAGCCAGGACAGCUGACCCAAACUGGCCAAAGGGACAUUCCAUACCAUAUGAUAUCAUGCCUGGUAUAUUAACUGUGGGGACUUGGCCGGGGGGUAGCGACUGCUGCUUGGGGAUGGGCUGGGCAUCAGUCAGCAGGUGGUGAAUGGUUACAUCGCUUGUUGUCUGGUUGUUUAUACUCUUGUCCCCCAUCCCCCCCAGGUUUCCCCUCUCUCUCUCUCUCUCUCUCUCUCUCUCUCGUUAUUUUAAUUAUAUUAUUGUUGUUGUUGUUGUUAUUAUUACUGUUUUAUUUUAAUUAUUAAACUGUUCUUAUCUCAA